AUCUUUCCCACCUAAGCUCAUGACAAAUAAACUAGAAAAGAGAAAGCCCUAAAACUACUGAAACUCUCUCAGAGAACCCCGAUCAAACACCAUCGUCUUCCCCAGUUGGGUCGAUCACCAGAUCAUUCCGACUUCAUUAGGGAUCCUAGAAGAUAUGAUACCCCUCAGCUAUCUGCAUUCUCUUCAACCUCCUUUCGCGUAAUUUGUAUCAGAAAAAGUUGAAACGAGAUGGCGUCUCCCCAAAAUGUAGAAAUGGAGGCAGCAAAGUUUCUGCACAAACUAAUCCAAGAUUCUAAAGAUGAGCCUGCUAAAUUGGCUACAAAGCUUUAUGUGAUAUUGCAACACAUGAAGUCAAGUGGCAAGGAACAUUCCAUGCCAUACCAAGUAAUAUCAAGGGCCAUGGAGACUGUCAUAAAUCAGCAUGGUCUAGACAUUGAAGCUCUGAUGUCAUCACGCAUGUCUUCAGCUGGUGGAUCUCAGCCAUCUGAUGCUGCAAUCACUCAGUUUGGAGGGUCUUCCCAAACUGUUGGAAUUGCAAAAGAUUCUAAAAUGGGCUUGCCUGAAAAUGAAGUGUCGAAAGUAGAUACCUUUGCUUCAAGUAGACCACCUGUUGGUCCGAGUAGUGCAGGACAUGAAUAUUUUCAAGGACCUGGAAGUCAUCGAAAUAGUCAAUCUUUAGAUCAUGAAAGUCCAUCUAGUAUGGACUCCAGGUCUGCCAAUUCUCAGUCACAAGAAAGGCGUGAUUCAUCAAAUUGGGACAAGCAGGCGAAUCAAAAGGAUGGCAAGAAGACCAAUACUAAAAGAAAGAGGGGUGAUACAUCGGUAUCUACAGAACCCCAUAAUGACAAUCCUCAGCAACUUGACUCUCGUAAUACUGUAGUUAACACAAGGAAGGGGAAAAUGAGCAAGAUGGAUUCUUCUCCUGGUUUUGCAAUCAAAGCUAGUGAACAUGCUAAUUUUAAUAUUCUCCAAAGUAGCAGUCAAAUGGAACAAUUUUCUACAUUAUCUGGUAGCAUGAGACCAGUGAUAAGGUCCAAGCAAGAGAGUCAACAUUUAAUGGAAAAACAGUUGGAUUCAGCAAACACAAACAAUUCAAUGUCUCGUGCUCCCAAUUUGAAAUACCCUGAUGAAACAGAAGUCUCCUCUUCUCAUAAUCCCUUGUCACAACAGCAAGUACCUUCUGCUGCACAUGAUAUUAUGGGUGCAUGGAAUCAAAACAAAACUGGGUUGCAGCUGGACAAAUCUCAGAUUCCUCGAUUUCCAUCUAAUGUUCCUGGCAAUGCAGAAAUUCCAUUGCAGUCAGCUGCCUCAUCUGCUGGGAUGGGUUCUUUCGGAAAGGUUCAUGGAGGGCCUACUAUGGCAUCUGGUUCAUUUCCAACCACAGAACCUGGGUUCACACCACCACUGCAAUUUGGUGGUUCAGUUCUUGCCACUGGAAAGGUUUUGGAGCAUGAUGGAGGAAGUUCAAAUAAGUUAGCCGAUUCAGGGAAACUUGCUCAGGCUGGUAGACAGAACAGUGUAUCAGAAAUGAGUAUGCUUCGAAACGCAGGACCUAGAGAUGCAGGAAAGUCUCCUGUUCUUCCGUCCCCUGUCAAUUCUGGGAUGCCUUUUAUGGAACAACAGUUGAAACAGCUGAGAGCCCAAUGCCUUGUCUUUUUAGCUUUCAGAAAUGGUUUAAUGCCCAAGAAGCUGCAUCUUGAUAUUGCACUAGGAAAUAUUUUUCCGAAAGAAGGUGGUAGUGCUGAUGGACCUCGUAAGGAGUUAAUGGAUCAUAGAGGAAAAGUGACAUCUAGUGAGCCAAAUAAUGCGCCUGAUAUGAUGCCAUUUGGAAGAAUGAAUAAUGCAAAGGAAACUGAUAAAAUCCCUCCAGGCACUUUGUCUACUGGAAGAUUCCAAGACAUUGAUUCCUCGUCUAAAGAAGCGGGAAACAUGAAAGCUGAGGAUAAAAGUGGCCCGGCUUUUGACCAGUUUUUGCCAGAAGAAAGAAAAUAUCUUCAAACUUCAAGAAAACCAGAUGUUGAAACACAGACUUCUGAAAUUACAGCUUCACAGGCUUCUAUGACAAUGGCAUCACAACAUGAUUCUUCUGGUACAAGGAGUGGUUUAGCUUUUAGUGUUCCUGGGGACAAAGUGGAAAAUGGCCAUCAGCUAGCUGGAAGGGCUAACCAAGCUGUCUCCUUAAUGGCUGCGAAUAAGCAUAUUAACCCGGAGAUUGUUAACUGGACCACCGCUGGUAAUCAUGAUGACGUUUCAAGGGGAGUUCUUCCAUCAUCUGCUGUUCAGCAUGAGUUGGUGCCUGAAAGAAGAGAUAAUGUACAAAGUCAGGGUCAUAAUCUUAGCAAUAUUAGUGGUUCAGGGAAUCAUCACUCUGAUAAUAAUUUAUCUUCUUUCUCCUCAAGAGAUCACUGGAAACCAGUUUCCGGAACUGACAAUAAUCAUCACACAGUACAUCUUGCUAAUAUGACGCCAAAACAAUUAUCACAAGAACAAGUACAGGAAGAUAGCUUGGUGCCUGAUGUACCACCUUCUCCAAAGUACACAAUGUCAGAAAAAUGGAUAAUGGAUCGUCAGAAAAAGAAAUUCCUGGAUGAGCAGAAAUGGAUUCUAAAACAACAACAAACGAAGCAAAGGAUUGCCACAUGUUUUUACAAGUUAAAGGAAAACGUGAGUUCCUCUGAAGAUAUAUCUGCAAAAACAAAAAGUGUAAUAGAACUCAAAAAGCUGCAACUCUUGGAGCUUCAACGUCGUCUUCGGAGUGAUUUUCUGAAAGAUUUUUUUAAGCCAAUCAAUCCCGAGAUUGAUCGCUUGAAAUCACUGAAGAAGCACAAACAUGGUCGGAGAGUAAAACAACUAGAAAAGUUUGAGCAGAAAAUGAAGGAAGAGCGACAAAAGAGAAUACGAGAGAGGCAGAAGGAGUUCUUUGGUGAGAUAGAAGUUCACAAGGAAAGACUGGAUGACGUAUUUAAGUUCAAGAGAGAACGGUGGAAAGUUUUCAAUAAAUAUGCAAAGGAGUUUCACAAAAGGAAGGAACGUAUUCAUCGCGAGAAGAUUGAUCGUAUCCAGCGCGAGAAGAUUAAUUUAUUGAAGAUCAAUGAUGUGGAGGGGUAUUUACGAAUGGUGCAGGAUGCCAAAUCUGAUCGUGUUAAGCAACUUCUCAAAGAGACAGAGAAAUAUCUCCAGAAGCUAGGAUCCAAGCUGCAGGAAGCAAAGUCUAUGACAACACGGUUUGAACAAGAGAUGGAUGACCCAGGAGCUCCAGGCAUUAUUGAUAAAGGUGAAAGUGCCAUUGACAAUGAAGAUGAAAGUGAUCAAGCAAAACAUUAUUUGGAAAGCAAUGAAAAGUACUACAUGAUGGCUCACAGUAUAAAAGAGAGCAUUGCAGAGCAACCAUCUAUGCUUCAUGGUGGAAAAUUAAGAGAGUAUCAAAUGAAUGGCCUAAGGUGGCUUGUUUCACUAUAUAAUAAUCAUUUAAAUGGUAUUCUAGCUGAUGAGAUGGGUCUCGGUAAAACUGUUCAGGUUAUUUCUUUGAUUUGUUACCUGAUGGAAACCAAGAAUGAUAGAGGACCUUUUCUAGUGGUCGUGCCUUCUUCAGUUUUACCUGGAUGGGAGACAGAAAUAAACUUCUGGGCACCUAGUAUUAAUAGGAUUGUCUACUCUGGGCCUCCAGAGGAAAGGCGUAAAUUAUUUAAGGAAAGAAUUGUGCAGCAGAAAUUCAAUGUCCUUCUGACAACAUAUGAGUAUUUAAUGAACAAGCAUGAUAGACCAAAAUUAAGUAAGAUUCACUGGCAUUACAUAAUAAUUGAUGAGGGCCAUCGUAUCAAGAAUGCUUCUUGCAAAUUGAAUUCUGACUUAAAGCAUUAUCAGAGCUUUCAUAGAUUGUUGUUGACUGGAACUCCACUACAGAACAAUCUUGAUGAGUUAUGGGCACUGUUAAACUUCUUGUUGCCUAACAUCUUUAAUUCAUCGGAGGAUUUUUCUCAGUGGUUCAAUAAACCAUUUCAAAGCAAUGGUGAUAAUUCAGCAGAUGAAGCCUUGCUCUCCGAAGAAGAGAAUCUUUUGAUCAUAAACCGUCUUCACCAAGUACUCCGACCGUUUGUACUUCGAAGGCUGAAACACAAGGUGGAAAAUGAGUUGCCUGAGAAGAUUGAGAGACUUAUAAGAUGUGAGGCUUCUGCUUAUCAGAAACUUUUGAUGAAGAGGGUGGAAGAAAAUCUGGGAUCUAUUGGAAGUACAAAGGCUCGCUCAGUGCACAACUCUGUAAUGGAACUUCGUAAUAUAUGCAAUCAUCCUUAUCUUAGCCAGCUUCAUGCGGAGGAGGUUGAUAAUUAUAUACCAAAGCAUUAUCUGCCACCUGUCAUUAGGCUUUGUGGGAAGCUUGAGAUGUUAGAUCGACUUUUACCUAAGCUCAAAGCAACAGAUCAUAGAGUUCUUUUCUUUUCCACCAUGACCCGGCUACUUGAUGUUAUGGAGGAAUAUCUUCACUGGAAACAGUAUCUGUACCUUCGGUUGGAUGGGCAUACAUCUGGUAGUGACCGUGGUGCUCUUAUUGACAAGUUUAACAAACCGAAUUCACCAUUUUUCAUAUUUCUUCUAAGUAUUCGAGCUGGUGGUGUUGGGGUAAAUCUUCAAGCUGCUGAUACAGUGAUCAUAUUUGACACUGAUUGGAAUCCACAGGUAGAUUUGCAGGCGCAGGCAAGGGCUCAUAGAAUUGGCCAGAAGAGAGAUGUCCUUGUUCUUCGUUUUGAAACAGUCCAAACUGUUGAAGAACAAGUGAGAGCUUCGGCUGAGCAUAAACUUGGUGUUGCUAAUCAGAGUAUCACUGCUGGUUUCUUUGAUAAUAAUACAAGCGCUGAGGAUCGAAGGGAAUAUCUAGAGUCCCUUUUACGAGAGUGUAAGAAAGAGGAAGCUGCACCUGUGUUAGAUGAUGAUGCAUUAAAUGAUAUUUUAGCUCGCAGUGAAUCGGAGAUUGAUGUGUUUGAAUCCGUUGACAAGCAAAGGCGGGAUGCAGAAGCGGCAACAUGGAGAAAGUUGAUCAAUCAACAGUUGACAGACAAUUCUGAAACUUUACCUCCCCUUCCUUCUCGUCUUGUUACAGAGGAUGACCUGCAGGAAUUCUAUGAAGCCAUGAAGAUAUAUGAAGUGCCAAAAGCUGAUGGAGGGUCAAAUGUUGGUGGAGUUAAGCGGAAGAGUGAAUAUCAUCUUGAUACUCAACAUUAUGGAAGGGGCAAGAGGACAAGAGAGGUUCGUUCCUAUGAAGAGCAGUGGACAGAAGAAGAGUUUGAGAAGAUGUGUCAAGUUGAUGAGGCUCUUGGAUCUCCUUCCAAAGCAAAGGAGGAAGUUACAGAAACAAACUCACCAACAGAUGCAAGUCAAGCUGUUGUGGCUGUCAAGACAGAAGUUUCAGUUCCACCUGUAGUUGACCCCCCGCCAGCCAGUGUGCAGCCAUCACCAGCUAGUGCGCAGCCACUGCCAGCCAGUGUGCAGCCACCACUGGCCACUGUGCAGCCACAGCUAGCCGCUGUGCAGCCAUCGCUGGCCACUGAGCAGCCACCACAAGCUACUGUGAAACCACUUCCAGCCACUGUGCAACCACCACCGGCUACUGUGCAACCACCACCGGCUACUGUGCAACCACCGCCAGCCACUGUGCAGCCACAGCCGGUCAUUGUGCAGUCAGGAGCGCAAGCCAUGUUGCAUCCGCCACACUUGCAGCCAGUCAAAGAGGUAACUCCACCAGCCAAGCGAGGUCGUGGCAGGCCAAAAAGGGUCACAACAGAUCAAUCCCCUGGUGCAGCGGCUCAAAAACUUUCUGUAACUGCAAAGGUAGAUACAGGGUUACCAAGAGGAACAACUGUCAGCUCUGAAACAAUCUCAAGUUCAAAUACCUUACAGGCAGGUAUUCCUGGACAAGUGCAAUAUGCCAAUGUUGGGGUUGCAAGCUCUCAGCCAGUCAUUGCCUCCUCUAUUACUCCAGGUCCUCAAUCUAGCCCUGUUGUUUCUUCCACCCCUGGUCAAGUAAGGGGGCAAGGUCGCAGAUCUCAAAGCGGAACGGAAACACCUCGUCGUAGGGGUAAAAAACAGGCGGUUGUGCCACCAGCGGUUGUGCCACCGGCGGUUGUGCCACCAGCGGUUGUGCCACCGGCGGUUGUGCCACCGGCAGUUGUGCCACCAGCGGUUGUGCCACCGGCGGUUGUGCCACCUGCUGUUGCUGGUAGUUUAAUUGGUCCAGAUCCAAAACUAAAUGAUCUUACACAGAAUAAACCCGUGGAACUGUUAGGAAAUCAAGCGACUGUCACCAGUGAAACCACCUCUACCAUUCCUGCAACCCAAUGUCCUGAUAUUAUAUCUGGUUCUACUGCUGUACAAAGUACUGGUGGAACUGACCAUCAUGCCAAUUUAGAUGCUACCUUAAAUUCUCCCCAGGCCAAUCUCCAGCUUGCUGUGCCUGUAUCUCUCUCUCCUAUCCCGUCUGUGCCUGUGCAAACAAAAGGACAAGGUCGGAGGAAUCAAAGUGGAGGCUCUGGAACUCGAAGGAGGGGUAAGAAACAAGUACCAAUGGCUCCCCCAGUAUCUGGUGCUUCAGCUGGUGAGGAAUUAAAACCAACUCUGAAUUCACAUGUUAACUCUGACGAUAUGUCAAAGGGUGACACCGUGAGAACUAAACAAGAGAAUAUUUCAGAAGUGACAAAUGUUACCAAGGAGCAAGUAUUCCUUUCACCUGAAGGUGUAGCAGCUCAAGCCAUAAAACCAACUGAAAAUACAGUUGAUCUUGCUCAAGGAAAACAGACAGAUAGCUCUUCAACCUUGCAUGGCAGUGCUGAUGGGUCCCAUGGCACUGUCUUGGCAGAUAACCAAAGUGCUGGUGUGUGCAAUGCUGCUUCUGUGGUGAAGGAAACUUUGCCUAAAAUUUGCUCAUCUAAAACUGAAACUAAUGAGCCUUCAAGACAGGAAGGUGUGCUUGUCCCAACUGCAGCUGUAUCUGAUAAAGCCCUUCCUGAAGUGACUAAGAACCAAACUUUGGAGGAUAAAACUCUUCCAGUUAUUUCUACUUUGACUGCUGCGGCUUCUGGUGGUGUUCCUUCAUCUGCUUCUUUCUCUGGUUCUACUGCCACAGAAGGCAUUCAAUCUACACCUCCUUGUCCUGUUGAACACAUGCCAGCAAAAAGGUCAGGUCGAAAAACUCCAAACCGAACUGAAGCACCACGUCGCAGAGGAAGGAAACAAGCUGCAAUAGUACCUCCUCCACCUGAUGCUCUGGCUGGUCAGGAUCCAAAAUUAAGCUCUCAGUUGCAGAAUAAAUCUGCUGAUACAAUGGGCAAUAAAUCUGCUGCCUUGAGAGGUAAGCAAGGAAGUGAUACACAGGAAGUUGCUCAGUCUCAAACAGGUGAAGUUCAUAUGACUGCUGGUGUACCUGGUCAUGAUGCAAAAAGAAAAGAUCAAUCAAACUAUGCCCCACAAGUGAAACAGCCAACAAACCCUCAAGCAGCAAUUGACACUGCUGCUGGAUUUAAUGAUAAAAAAGUUUUGGGGCGGAUUCAAACUGCAGAUGUAAAUGAUGUUGCUCGUGUGAUGAAGGAAGUAUUUUCUGGAACUUGCCUGUUAAAAACUAAAGCUUCGGAGUCUCAUGGGAAAGAGGGCAAGGCUGCUCCUAAUGUACCAUUAACAGGUAAGACUGUUUCUGAAGUGAGCAAAAGUCAAACUUUGGUCGAUAAAGUGCAGUUUAGUGCGACAAUGUCAGAAAGAGUAGCUGCAUUGCCUGACCUUCCAGUGAAGUCUGAUAAACAAACUGGGACUGCAGAUGAUACAAAAGAAGAGGUGGAAAAGGCUUCUGGCCCAAAUGAGACCGCUGUUUGCACAACUGUUGUGGAAAAAUCGCAAGUCAAGACUGCUGCAGGCCAUUUUGAGAAAACAACAGAUCCAGGUCAACAUUCCCAAGAAGAUGCUAUUAUGGCUGAUAGUAAGGAAGUCAUUUCUCCUAUUGGUGCCGACGAAAACAGUUGUCAGAUGCAACCUCCUGCUUCUGAUCUAUUGGCCACAACUGGCAGCGAUUUAAAUUCAUCUUUGGGAUCUGUGACUGCUGAGGAGCAUGUGGUAGUUCCAGAUGGACCUGGAAACAAAACUGAAUCUUUAUCAAAGAAGUCUCCAAAAGCUUCUUGCAGUGAUGCCACUGGACCCUGUUUAAAAAAAAAUGUCAAGAUUGGUGAUAAUUCUGAAACAACUUCUAUAUCCAUGAGCCCUGAACUAUCGGGUGCUCCUGUCCCAUCUUCUAUAACUGAUGAUGGCUUAGGGGACACAAAGAAGCCUUCUGAUAAUGAGCUUCAAGUAGUUUCCCGGCAUGAUUUGAGCAGCCAUGGAAGUCCGCCAAUUCUAGAAAAGCCUGAAAAUGCUGGUGAUUAUACUAUUGUCACUGCUUCUAUUUCUCGAGGUCCAGAUGAAUCUAGUGUGAUAAAGCCUCAUUGUCCUACUGAUAUUCACUCUACAGUAAAGCCUGCAUCAGAAGAAUCUCCUGAAGCUUGUACUGACAAUAAAAAGCUCGAGAACUCCACAAGUAUCAUUGCACCUGAUCAUUCUAGUUCUGAAGAUGUUUCUGAUGUUUGUGAUACAGGUUCUGGAGAAGUAUCUGGGAAGAUAACUUUGCCUUCGCCUUCAUUGAUUACUGAAGAAAAGGUUGAUGAUCGCUCUGAUAAAAGUCCAGUUAGCAGCCCUGUAGAACAUGAGGAAGCAAAAAAAUAUCAUGUUGAACUUGAAUCGAGUGAACAAUUGGGCGUUUCUACUGGUGGCGAUUUUGUAUCAGCUAGUACAUCAGAAGUGUUUCCUGCAACCUCAAGAGAUGGGGAACAAAAGGCUGAUGGUUUGGAGCCUGCAGAGGAACUAAAAGAUUCUCAAGCUGAGAUGGAUAUUAAGUCUGGGCCGUCCACAGCUGGAGAGAAUUCGCCAGAAAAAUUUGUGGAGCACCUGUCCACUUUGGAGUCAGGAAUCGAAGAAAAUGAAUGUUCAUCUGUGAAGGCUAUAGUUAGCAGCACACCUGUUCCAGAAGAACCAAAAGAUUCAGGGGUUGAAAUAGCUGUCCAAUUGAACUCAAAUAACACUACUGGGGAUUUGUUGGAUAAUAUUCCAGAGCCUUCAUCUUCUUCAGAGACAACAGAGAAAAUUGGCUCCCUAUCUAUGGCUCGCAGCUCAGUUCCUUUAAACGAACCAAAAGACUCAGAGGUUGAAAUGGUUGAUCAGUUAGAUUCAUGCAAGGGUGUUGGGUGUUUGCCUGAAAAGAUCGUUUCAAGUCCUUUGUCUUGCGUAGUAAUCAAUGAAGGAAAGAUCGAGGAUUCAUCUGUAGAAGAAACAGAAGACUUAAAUGCUGGAAAGGAUGUUCAACCUCUGAAAGAUGCUGAUGAAAGUAAUGUUCAAACUGAUCCAUCCCAUGUUAGCAUGAUACUGGUAGAAAAUGUUGUAGACAACACAAAUGCACCACAGUCUUCUUCAGUGCCUGAGGAAGAAAAGAUUGAGGCCUCAUCUGCUAGGAGCCCAGAAACAAUUGAUGACUCUUCUGAGAUGGGUCCAGCAAGCCUCUCUGUACAACUUGAGGGGUCUAAAGAUCUUGAGUCUAAUAUGGAAAGCGCAGCUGAAGCAUGUCAGGUGGUCGGGGACGUAUCGGACAAUAUGGGUUCAGAUACUCUGAAUCUACCUUCAUCGUCUUUGGUGUCAGAGGAAGAACAAAUUAACGGUUCCAAUGUUAAAUGUCUAGCUAACAAUUCAGGAACGCUAAACAAGUCAAAAGAUGGUGAAGUUGACAAUGUUGAUGAUGUGGAUGCACCCCUCACUGGUGGAAUUAUAAAUAGAUCUGGAUCUUCCUUGGAAACUGUGGAUCAAAUGGAUGCUACUGCAGCUAGUUUAGAAACAGAAACUAUGUCAGAAUCUGUGGUAUCUACAUCUACCUCGCAUGAAGUUGAAGCAGAUGUUAAAGACUCAUCAGAAUGGGGUCCAGACAGCAGCCCAGUACCGGAGGAUAAAUUAAACAGUAAUGAUGCUGAAACGGGUGAUGAUAAGCCUGAGCUUGGUGGAUCUUUGUCAAAAGAGAUUGAGCGCUCAUCUGAGAAGAAUCUAGCAAGCAGCAGUGGAGCAGUGGCGGAAUUGGAGGGUUCUGAUGCUGGUAUCAAUGACCAAGUUAAUUCAUCCAAGGCUACCGUUAUGUUACAGGAAAAUGAUAACCAGACUAGUAUUGACCUUCCUGUGUCUUCCAUAGACAUGGAGGACAAGAAGGUUGCAGGAAAGGAGGAGUCUCAGAGUUGCGGGGUGGUAUCAGAUACUGUUUCUGAAAAUAUAGAUCAUCAGCCUCAACAGUCCUCAGAACCCGAAGCGAAUAAUGACAGUAUUGUAGCACCUGAGAACUAUGAUUCUGAUGUUAAAGAUAAAACUGAUUCUCCGGUUUGUGACACAGUGCCAGAAUGUGAAAACAUUGAUCAGCUUCGACAAUCACCAUUGGGCGACAAUGAUAGCAGCAGCUGAGAAAUCAGAGCCCGAAGCUAAAGCUGGAGCGGCAUCUCCAGUUUGUGAGAGGUGCAGAAUGUGGAACCUGAAGAGACCAAGAGUCCAAAAAAGAUUAGUUAAAGGUGUAGUAUUGAUGUACAGCUACCUAGCUACAUACCCUAUGAAUAUAUUUUUUCUUAAUUCUAUUUAAGAAAUGCUUUGGCGGUCUGUAUAGAUAGAAGUUAUAUAUUAAUAUCAUCUUUUGCAGUUUAUAAGAAAAAUUAAAAGAUCAUUUAUAACUUCAAACAUCAUCAUGUAUUGACCUUAGUUUCAACAUCUUUUGCAUUUUAUAAGAAAGAGAUCAUUUAUAACUUCAAA